AUGAAGAGGAAACACUUCCUCUGUCCUGCCUUGACAAAUAUCAGGACUGAAAUUCUAGACAGUGCAGUCCUAGCAGCAGAUGAAUGGCAAGAACCUUAUUUUAUAGAUCCUCAAACCAUCGGUAUCCAAUGGCAAACAAGUGACACAGCUGUAGGUGUACAAACGAUUAAUGUUCGAGAAGAAAUUGUUGUACCAUACAAAUUGGCUAAAAUCAAUUAUAAUGGCACUAGUAUACCAUCAUUGGGAGCUUUUGAUAUUGGUGACAAUAGCUUAUUAGGUGCUAGACUUAUUUCGACUGACAAUCAAUGGUUUAUUACCAUAGAAAAGCGUCAAGAUUUUGAAAAUCCUCAACAACGUAUAUAUUUUUUUCAAAUUUAUAUUAAAGAUAUUGCGUUGCCAAAUGCAGUGGAAGCUAGUGUUCUGAUUAAAUUGGAAAAUAUUUUUGAUAAUACGCCUACGCUGACAUAUGCUCCUUCGCCGUGUAGGAUAGAGGAACUUCAUUCAAAUUACAUAUCUGAUUGUAUUUUCACGGUCUAUGAUCCAGAUGGUAUGGAUCGUAAUAACAUACGUAUAGAGGCCGUAGGUAAAAAUAAUGAAAAUUCUAUAUUUGCAUUUGUGGAACACGGAGAGACCACUACCUAUGAAAAACAAUAUAAAUUAAAACUACUUGAAGAACUACACUACGAGGAAAAAGCCAUCUAUAAUCUUGAUGUCAAAGUCUAUGAUAUGAAUAAUAACACAGGAGAUAUAUUUGCCAUAUUGGAAGUAAUUGAUUUACCAAAUCGUGAUCCUAUAUGGGUAAGACCUUUAACAACGGCCACAUUUAACGAAAAAGAAGAACAGAUUUUCAGUUUAAAAGCUAUAGAUGGUGAUACGGGCAUUGAUAAACCCAUUUGUUAUAGACUGGAAUUUGAGGAUGAUUACUCUGAAUUUAUUACCAUUAACUCCUCUACGGGCAUGUUGCAUAUUCAACCCAUAGAUCGUGAUCGUUUAAAUCAACAGAUUUUUAAUUUUUAUACUUGUGCCUAUAAAUGUGAUGAUCCCUUGUGGUUUAUAAAAAAUUCCACAAUUUUAAUCGUUCAGGAUAUAAAUGAUCAUAUGCCAGAGAUAACUUUAGAACCAAAUGUGGUACAAGUUUUAGAAUCAAAGUACUCAACAUUGCCACUACAAAAGUUCUUUAUAGAAGAUUUAGAUUUGGGUUCCAACGCCACCUAUAAUGUAUUCCUAACAAAUUCCGUUGAAACAAUCAAAUAUGCCGAAGCUUUUACCAUGAUUCCGAAUAGUGGUUAUCAGAAAACUGAAUUUUCUUUAACAGUAACACAUGCUGAUCAAUUAGAUUAUGAAGACGAAAAAUGGAGAAAUUUUGAAUUAAAGAUUACAGCAAAAGAAGUAGAAAAUUUGCAACACCAAAAUGAAGUCACUUUAAAUAUCGAGCUAAUAAAUUGGAACGACGAGUGGCCUAUAUUUGAACGUGAGUCUUAUGAUAUUGAAAUCUAUGAAAACGCUACCGAGGGAACGCAGUUAAUGCAAGUCCAAGCUAGAGAUCGAGAUAUAGGAGAUAGAGUAGUACACUCUAUAGUGGGCAAUAUGCAAGGCAUUGCUAUAGAUUCUACUUCCGGAUUAAUAACUUUAAAUAAAACCAAUGUAUUUGACUUUGAACGUCAAUCUUUGGUAAUGCUUCAGAUUCAAGCUAAAGAUUCCCUUAUCACUGAUUAUAGUCAAGAUUUACAUACUUCAUAUAGUCAAUUACAAAUUAAGAUAUUGGAUGUUAAUGACGAAACUCCGGAAUUAAGAAUGCCCCGUUUCAUUGUUAAUGUUACCGAAAACUCUCCAGCUUUAACUCUUAUUACGGAUAAAAUUGAAGCUCGUGAUCCUGAUUCUUCAGCAAAUUUAAAUUUUGAAAUUUUAUGGUCUCAAUCUUAUGCCACUAAAAGUGGUCAGGAAGUAGACAAAACUAAUUUUCUCGAGUGCUUUAUAAUCGAACGUGAGUUGCUGACUAAUAACUUAGUUUAUGGUCAAUUAAAGAUAAAUAAUCAAUUCAAGUCCCAGGUGGAUUAUGAAAAAUAUGAUACGAUAUUUUUAACCAUAAAAGUUCAAGAUUUAAAUCAAGAAUUAAAUGAAGAUUCUUCUACAGCUGUCUUAACCAUUAGAAUAGAUGAUAUUAACGACAAUCCUCCACAAUUUGUUACCGGCACUCUGGAGGAGCCACGUAGUGUUACCGAAUUGGAGGAUAUAAUGAGUACAAUAGGUACCAUUGAGGCUUAUGACAUAGAUGGAGCAGGAAAUAAUAAUAUAACGUAUAAAAUAAGACCCAUAGGUAAUCUUACGAAAAGAGGCUUGAUAGUCAUAAAUAGCACUACCGGUUUACUGAAAGUAGCAGGUCUGAUACAAUGCGAUAUACCUAAAGUGUAUAAUCUGGAAUAUGAAGUUAUUCUUAGCGAUUCAUUACAUGAGACCAAAGGAAAGAUUAAUAUCACUGUGCUGGAUAUUAACAAUCAAGUGCCUACUUUAGAUGAAUUUCAGCAACAAGUAUUUAUUUAUGAAAAUGCCACCACUGGAACUAUAGUGGGUCAAAUAAAAGCUCAUGACAAUGACAGAGAUAGUCCUCACAAUAGUUUGGAAUAUACCAUUAAUAGUGCUUUGGUUGAGCUACAUAAUUUAUUCCAAAUAAAUACCACCAAUGGCGAAGUUAAAGUUAAUUUACGUAAUGGUUUUAUACUUGAUCGAGACUUGGGUAUUACCUAUCAUUAUAUACCCAUUGAUAUAAGAGAUAAUUUUAAUUUUAUCAAUUCUGGUUAUGGUCCUGUAAAUCAGAAAUCUUCAUUCAUAAAUGUCACUUUGAGAGAUGUUAAUGACAAUGCUCCCUUAAUGCCUGAUAAUCAACAAUAUAAACCGGAAUUUUCAGAAGCUGAUCAAGAGAACACCAUGUCUAAAAUGGUUUUAUUAGCAGAGGAUCGAGAUGAACCUAAUACUCCCAAUUCUCAACUUGUAUAUUCUAUAUUAUCUAUAAAACCGGUUAAAAAUUUUAAUCCAGAUGUACAUGAUUUUAAUGAUUUAUUCACUAUUACAACUUUACGAAAUCGUGUUGGACGCCUAAAAACAUUGAAAGCCUUAAAAGGUUACUAUGGCUUGUGGCAAAUUGAGAUAGAAGCCUCCGAUCAGGGUCUACCACAACUGAGAAAUUCUUCGGUAUAUGAAGUUAACAUAAAACCAUAUAAUUUUCAUGAACCUCAGAUUGUGAAUCCUACAAAGCAGAAAUCUAUAAGAAUCUGCUAUUCCCUGCAAGAAUCAUUACGUCCUUUAUAUCAAGCCGAUUGUGUUACACGUUUAAAACCUUUUGAGGUCUUUGAUCCGGAUGGUGGAGAAUACGGUGAUGUACAUUUUGAAAUAUCAAGUGAUGCGGGUCAUGAUAAAUAUUUUGAAUUGGUUAAGGAAUCUCGUAAUUCCACAAACUUUUAUGUCAAACAGUUAGUGGCUGCUGGUAUCUAUAAUAUCAAUUUGCGUGCCAUAGAUGGUGGAGGUAGUACUUCUUCGGAAAUUAGAAAUCUUAAGUUAGUUUUUGUAGAUAUGUUGGGUAAUCCAAUGUUUUUACAGGAGACCUUUAAUACUGAUUUCACUGAAAACGAACAAGGUCUUGUUGAAGAACGUUUCGUUCCACAAGCUUAUGAUCCGAAAAAUGAGGGUUUAGAUGAUCCAGAUGAGGCAUAUAAAUUAUACUAUUUUAUAGAUGAUUCUUUUUGCCCAGAAGAUGCCAAAUACUUUAUAUUAAACCCUGAAACAAGACUUUUAAAACUAAAUACCACUUUGGAUCGGGAAAACAUUGACAAACUUAUAUUACGCAUAAAGGUCUCCAAUAAUGAGCAAGGUCUAAUAACUAAUCCUAAUAGUGUAAAUUAUACCUUGUUAGUGAACGUAAUCGUAAAUGAUGUUAACGAUAAUGACCCAAAGUUUAACCAAGAUAUGUAUGCUGCCGGUAUAACAACUAAAGAUUCGAUAGGAAAGCACAUAAUGACAUUUAAGGCCCUGGAUCCCGAUUUAGAUGAUGUUAUUGUUUAUGCGAUAUCUCAAACAUCCUAUGAAGUUUAUGGUGAAAAUUUGAGUGGAAAUUAUUCAGAGAUUUUAUACUUGAACUCGGAAUCAGGAGUUUUAAUUUUAAAUUCUUACGUUACAAAUACAAUGAAAGGUUAUCUAAUGUUUGAGAUAGAGGCUGUUGAUUUGGUAGGCCAUACAGCUCGAGCUUCAGUAAAAAUCUAUAUUGUAUCGGAAAAGAAUCGUGUAAAAUUUGUAUUCUUAAGUGAUAUACAAGUUAUAAGAGAAAAUGAGAAAUUUUUACGAGAACAAUUUCAAGAAAUCUAUGGCUAUGAAAUAUGUAAUAUCGACUCCAUAGAUGAUGUCACGAAUAUACGAAACCAAAAAUCAAGACAAAGAGCCACCAAUACUUCAUCGGCCUUUAUAACAGAAGUUAUUGUACAUUUUAUAGAUAACAAUGAAGCUGUUGAUGCUUACGAUAUACAAAGACGAUCUAAUGAUUUAGCUUUCAUAUCACGUUUACAAAAUUCUCUACAACAUCAUAAUCUAAUAUUAAAUGAUAUUCCCCAUAUCGAAAUGGAAGCACAGACGCCAUUUGUAGAGAAUUGGUUAAUAACUGUUUUAGGGGGAUUAAAUAUUGUAUUGGGCGCUGUUGCGGCAAUAAUGAUCGUUUUAUAUAUCUUAAAAAUUAGAUCUUUAAAGAGACAAUUGAAAGCAUUUGAACCGGCUGAAUUUGGUUCGGUGGCUUCAAAUCUUAAUAGAUUAGCAGGACCUUCUAUGAAUGUUUUCUCGGUUGAAGGUUCUAAUCCUGUAUUUAAUAAACAAACAAAUGAAAUCAAACAAAGAGGAGGAGUCUAUGACAAUGAAACCAGCUCCGAAUCCGAGGAUGAUGAAGAUGAUUUUCGUGAUCUACAUGAUGAUCCUUUAUUCGAAAUGAAUAGUUUAAAUAAUUUUGAAACCAACAACAAAACAGUCACCUCAAAUUUUGAUCAUAAAAUUCUUAAUAAUGAUUUUUUCAAUGUCAAAGAUAAAACAAAUAAUUUAGAAAAGGAUUUGGAUAAAAAACGUUAUUAAAACAUUACAAUUUAUUUAAAUUUAACAAAUAUUUUACACAAUAUCAACUUAAUUAAUAAAAGAAAAAGAGUAAUUAUAUCAAAAAUACAAAUAAUUUUGUCCACAAAUAUACAAAACAAAUUAAUGUUUCCUUUGCAUUUAGAAAAGACCUUCAAUUUCACCAGUUUCAGUAUUCAAGUCAAUAUCAUAAAUGCACGGACGUGUAGGCAAACCAGGCAUUUUAGUUAUUUCACCACACAUGGCUACCACAAAACCAGCUCCUGCAGAAACAUGCAUGCUGCUAACGGUCAAAGUGA